CUAAUAUCACUGAGCCGGCCCUGGUUAUUGUGGUUCAAUCAAUAAUGAAGCUGGGAGCUUUUUCAUUGACGAGGAGAAGAAAACUGUUGUGGUUUUCGAUCUAGACGAAGCAUAUAGACAGAAGGAGGCCUGUCGCUACCAAACAGCUCAUAUCAUUGGACAGGAUAAAUACUUCAAAUCUGUGAAUAUUGGAGUAGCUUCAAAUCUCGCAAAAUAUGAACCACCUGACCAUGGAAUGAAUUUUGGAUAUAUUCCCGAGGAAUAUUGUUUCCCAAUUGUGAGCUCUUGUUAUGUUCCAAGCUUAGUGCAGCUGCGUAUCAACCAAUCACGCAAAAAAAAAGAAAGGAAUCUCUGUAAUGCCAAGGACGGAAACAAAGCACCUGUUGGAUCCUCUUUCUGCUGCAGAAACAUCAGUUGCUGGUGCCAACCCCGAGGUGCGGAAUCUUUGUGGUUCUCGAAUCAAAUGCGUUUCAUUGAGGUGGCGUCAGCAGAUGCUUACCUUCUCCCUCCAUUCCAGCCAUCACUGCUUCCAAGAAACAAAGCUGAACCUGUGAUUCCUAUGAAGCUCCCAACAAGGCGAGCAAGACUUGUUGUGUACAACAAGACGUCUAAUGAGACAAGUGUCUGGCUCGUGGAGUUAUCUGAAGUUCAUGCUGUCACAGGGGAAAACCCCAAUAGCAGCUGCAACUGCCACCAGAAGCGGUCGAGGCGGUUUUUGUUUUCUAUUGUGGUGACCCGAAUCCAAUCCAGGGAGAUUAUGGGAAUGAGGAACACGUUUGGGUCAAGAAAUUCGAAUAGAAGGGUUAGAUCUAAGGAUAAGGGUUCUGAUGACUCAGAUGAGGAUUAUGUAAUAUCGGACGAGGAUGAAGAAGACUCUGAGACUGAUCUCAAGGAGUAUGCCUCAUCCAUGGACGGUGAAGCAUCCUAUGACGGCUUCCACCACGCGGUGGAGGACGAGGAUUUAGAUGAGGUGGAAGAGGAAGAUGCGAUGCUAAGGAACGUUGAGUGGCCGAAAGUGAAAACUGGUCCUCGUGGUAAUCGGAAAAUCACGGGAUGCAAGUCAAGAAAGACGAGCCAGGUUGCGUCUGACAACGAAGAUGUGGAUCUUGAUGAUGCGGAUGACGAAGAGGAGGAGAUGAGAGGUUCAAGGAAGGCUGCUGGAAGGUCUGGUGUGAAAGUUGGGUCUUUGGGUGGAGAGAAGAACGGAAGAAUUGGUUUAGGAAAGCGCAGGAGAGUAUUCUACGAGAUGGAAGAUGAAGAUGGAGACUAUCCGGAGGAGGAUGGCGAGGAAGAGGAAGAGAUUGAUGUGGAGAACGCCAGGUGUGAACAGGUGGAUUUAGAUUCCGUGCGUAUUGGUGAAGACGGAGACAUGGCGUUGGAAGAGCAGGACAAUGUGUCACACGAGACAGAAAAGGAAGAUGAUGGAGACUACGAGGAUGAGGAUGAGGGUGGAGAUGAAGAAUUCACCGCAGAUGAAGACGUCUCAUUAGACGAGGAAGAGGAGGAAGAGACAAUUGCAUGUAAUAAAAGACCACUAAAGGCUGCUAGUAAGAGAAACAAAAGAAAGCAGAGAUCUGGAGGAGGGCGGCGUAAAAGAAGAAAGAGAUGCUCUGUUGCAAAAGCUCGUGUGACAAAUGGAAGAAACAGACGUGGGAAAAAAACAAAGGAAGGAGUUGAUGACGAUGGUGAUUUUGUAGAUGACUGCCUACCUGCAAGAAAGAAGGCAAAGACGAGACCAUCGAGGCCAAGGCGUCGGUGUACUGUGCCAUCAGAUUCAGACAUUGCAUCCUCUGGAGAAUCCGAUUAUGAGUACACAAUCUCGGAGGAGGAAAGAGAGCAGGUAAGAGAAGCCGGUAGUUUGUUGAGAAGUAGUGGGAAGCAUGUAUCAUCUAUGAGAAAAGCUACGGUCGAUAAAGAUUUGCCUCAGCGUCGUAAGUCCCCUGUGAAGAAAGCUGAGAAGAAGGUAGAGUUAGUGAAAAGAGACGUGAUGAAAAACGUUUGUGGGAUUUGUCUGUCUGAGGAAGACAUGCGGAGAUUGAAGGGAACAUUGGACUGCUGUAGUCAUUACUUUUGUUUCACUUGCAUAAUGGAGUGGUCGAAAGUAGAAUCUCGAUGCCCGCUAUGCAAGCAGCGGUUCAGAACAAUCAGUAAGCCUGCAAGAUCUACACCUGGAGUAGAUUUGAGAGAAGUUGUGAUACCUGUACCUGAACGGGAUCAGGUCUAUCAACCGACUGAGGAAGAGUUGAGGAGUUAUCUUGAUCCCUAUGAAAAUACAAUAUGCACGGAAUGUCACCAAGGUGAAGAUGAUGGGCUUAUGUUACUUUGUGAUCUUUGUGAUUCAUCUGCCCAUACGUACUGUGUUGGGCUCGGGAGGGAAGUACCUGAAGGAAACUGGUACUGUGAAGGUUGUAGACCCGUUGCACUUGGAUCAGCUAGUUCCCAUACACAUACUACUACACCUGAGCAACAAAGGGUGAGCGGCUUCUAUAGUAGACCAUCACCUCUUGUAGUUUCAGGGCAACAUCAAGAUGCGUCUUUACUAGUCUCUCCACGUACACCGUUUUUCAAUGGAGAGUACCUUUUUUCUCCGAGGCUACCUAAUGGUGACGUUCAAGCUUCUUCUCCAUCCGGCUUAGGUGCAACCACAUUAUCAAGGAGGAGGACGCUUCAUAGGCACAUACAAAAUAUUAUCAACAGUGAUAGACUUGUUAAUAUGGGUAGUAGAACUGGUGGAACAUCAUCAAUGGUUGCUAACUCGAGUGAUGGUUUCGUGACUACACAAAUUGGUCAUGGUAGAGAAAGAGAAGCGGCUCAAGCUGCAGUGACGCAAGGAACAGGGAUGUCGUUGUAUACAAUCGCUGAGGAAAGAGUAGCCAAUAACAACCCAUUGAUUUCUGCCCAUGACCCUGAGCUUUUGUCUCCAAAGUUAGAUCAUUUUGGAAGCGAAGAAGCAGUCAGACGUUUGUCUAAUAAUACAUUUCUUGGCGAUAGACGAAUCGAUUUAGGAUUAUGUCAUGGACUUGCUCAGGUCGAUCCUUUGUUUGGUAAUCAACAACAUCUACCCAGCUACAUGCCAAACACCACAUUGUAUUCCACGGGAGGAGAAGGCCUGCAACAAAGAGUUAAAGCCCAUCUCAAGAACUUGUCCAGUCAAAUCGGAUUAGGUCAAGCCACGUUUGACGAGAUCUCCACGUGCUCGAUACACACGAUACUUGCAGCUUGUGGACUGGAACACAAGAGCAGUGAAGUCCAUCUUGUUCCGCCAUCAGUGACGUGUCCUCACGAUGAUAUGACACCUGGAAGCAGCAGUAGCAACAACAGCAGCAGCCUGAUGAAAGGGUGUUGCUAUUCAUGUUUCGAUUCAUUUGUAGAAGAUGUAGUUAAGAUGAUUCUGGACACAAGACAACCCCAUUGGUUGAGAUUAGGGCUCCACUAAAUCACCACUUGCUUUCAAUUGUUUAGAUUUAUUAGAAAAUUGAAUUUUUUUCUUUUUCUUGUCUUUGUUCAGAUCCUGAACCUUUAUUUUUUAGCCAUUGUAUAUGAUACAAGUGCGAUCCAUUUUCACCCGAAAAGAAUGAUUUUAUUCUAUAUUCCACUAUUGCUAUGUGCACUGAGC